AUGGCGGAAGCGCCACGCAAUCUGCAGUUGCCUUCAGGUUAUGACGAGGAGUUUACUGAUGAAGUAGAAGAUGAUUUUCUUUGCUUAAUUUGUCAUUUGCCACUGAGGAAGCCUGUUCUUACCAGAUGCGGUCACAGAUUUUGUAAUGCAUGCCUUAAGAAACAUUUCAGAAGGUAGGCCUAAAUGCCUGAAUUCUAUUGAAAGUUGAGUGUUGAAGCAACUUUCAUUCCAAACCUUUAGGUAACACCUUAACGAAAAACUGCAGCACUGUGCGUUUUUCACUGAACACCUCGAUCUGAGUAGGAACAUCUAAGUUGACGGAAAGUCGACCUGUAUUUACUGAGGUAGACAACAGACACCUUAGCAGCUUAAUCGAUUAAUUAGACGAACGCCUUGUCUCUCAAAUUUAGAUUUUAAAUAGAGGAAACCUUAACCCGAUUAAUCAAAUCUGCUACAUCUCACCCAGCUGAUAAUCACCGUUAAAUUAUGUUACUGACGCACAAGUUAGAUAAGGUUAUUUUCUAUUAGCAAACUUUUGAAAUUACAAAAUGUGUCUCGUUUCCGUAAAUUGGAGACAAGUAGCCAUUGUUCGAAGUUAUUGAUCUGCUCUGGAAUGCGGACAUUCUGUCCUCCGUCAGUGGUCAAUGCCUCGCGAUAAAUAAGCGUUCCAAUUUCGCAAGCUGGCCUUGGAGUCCUAGCAAAGCAUAAAAACUUGUCAAUUUUUUAAAUGUCUUGAGUUCUGUGGUUUUUUUAGGCUUGGCAAAUAAAAUCAGCCACAAGUUAGCAGAAAGAAGUUUUAUGAUGGAAUUAAUUAGUAACUAACUAUCAAUCGAUGUUCCUACUAAUUUUCAUUAAAUAUUAAUCGUAAUUGUCUCUUGCACUGCAAAAUAACAGACAGGAAGUUCAGCGCCAGCUUUACUCUUGUCCUGCAGAUAGGAAAGGCCUGGACCGAGACCGGGUAAAUUACUUUCAUUUGCUUUUUAUCUUCUUACGUCUGUUUUUAAUAUGUUUUUGGUCUUAGUUAUUCUUUUAUCGCUUACAUGUAAACUAAAUUACAUAGGCGGAGUCGACCGGAACGAGCUGUUACAAAGUUUCGACACAAAGGUUCCAAUUUUUUCAAGCUCUUAAGGACAAGACCAGUUGCAUACACGUUCUCACACUUUACCCACAUGGCAAUCUUUUCUAAUUAGAGGAGUAAGGAAAUUAGCAGUAUUUCAGAAAUUUCGAGCACGGCCAUCUUGGAAUCUCAAUAAUGAUAUUGAUAAUGAUGAUGAUGAUGAUUAUGAUAAUGAUAGCAGCCUGUUAAUUUGGCUCAGGUAUUUCCUGCGAAGAAUGAUCUUGCACUGUUUGUUUAAUUCCGUUUUGUUUUGUUCCUUAGGAUGUAUUUCCUGAUAAAGCAACAGGAAGGAAAAUUUUGUCUUUUGAGAUAAAAUGUCCAAGUCACGGUUGUUCGUGGACUGAUGAACUGAGGAACAAAGAGGUAAAAACCCAAUAUAACAAUUAUAUUCAAGGCGCCAUGGAUUUCAGCAUUUAACCAAGGAAAGAAGAUCACUUUUUUCUUUCUUUUUUAUAUGCAUUUUAUUGCUUGUAACAGGCUCACCUGGAAACCUGCCAGUUCAAAAUUGUUACUUGUACCAACGAAAAUUGCACUCAGGAAAUGAAAAGAGAAAAACUGGACAAUCACACAAAAACGUGCGUGUGGAGUAUUAUGCCGUGUAUGUACUGUAAAAAGAAACAACCAAGGACGUACUUGCAGGUAUGAGGUUAUAAAAAAUUGGAGAUCUUUCAACAAUGCUCUUCUUCCGCGGGGGGUUACUCAUAAAGUUUAAACGGGGAUGCUCCGCCCCAAAGACAAACCCCUUACCCUUUUAAAUACCAUUUAUGACGGAAAAGGUAUCCCUUUGUAUAUACCUUCUAUGACAAAUGGUACUCCUUUCACAUACCUGGGAUACAACUAUGCAUUCCUUAACUGCUUUAAAUACACUGUAUUUUAAAUAGGAAUCAUUCACAAAUGCAGAACGUUUUCUCGACUAUUUCGCAGCCAUGAAGUGCAUCUAAGAGUCCGGUAUGACAGAUUUCCCUACCCCUUUAUAUUACUUCAACAAGUGAAAUCUCUACCCUUUCAUAUACCUGAGGCCUACGAAAGGCACUCUUUUCGGGCGGAGCCUCCCUGAAUAGGUCAUUACAGCAAGUACCCCCGGGUUUGUUCUUCAACCUUGCGCCGCAGAGAUUGGAUUCCCCGUUUCGUUUGCUCUUGACUUAGCCUUGUCACCUGUCGGCGUAGCGUGUUCUCCAAACGCGCGACACCACAAUUAAACGUCUUUAGCAAUUGUUUUCUUUAUUUUCUGGUUUUACAUUAAAGUAGAAAAAUGAGCAAGUAUACGAAACUAAGAUGAUAGUUACUCAGCUUCAAAUGUAGUACAGCCCACACAAUGCGGCUUUUGCAAAAUAUAAAUGGUGACGGCAAGUAAGCAUUUCACCUCUCUCAGAUACAGGAGAAAAAUAUAUACUGGUCAGGUCUAAAACUUUGAAGUAUUUUUUACUGUGUACACUAAAAUUGCUAUCGGCUUACUGCGGUUAACUGAAGACGUUGUCUUACAGUCUUAGUGUGUAAAUAAUUAUUUGUCUUUUUGCAGGAUCACCUUAAAACGUGCAUCAAGAUGCCCAUUCCUUGCCCUAACAACUGUGGGAAAGAGAGAUACGCGAGAGACAUGGUAAUUUUAUUUAAUUGCAGUUUGUGGCAGACUCUGUUGAUCUUCAUGAUGAGUGACGCUCUAAGCUAUGUCUUGUCUUUCCAUUAGUUUUCAUCGUUUCAUAUUGAUCCCCCCUGCAUGUUGUACGAAAAAAUCCUUUCUGCGUGUGCAUACUUAAAUUGUACAGCUAUUCCAGCUAACGUUGUCGCAUAUCAAGGUCACACAACACCGCAACACCGCAAGACCACAAGAUCAUGUGGGUAGCUGUAAAUACAUUAUAACUGAUUUUGUCAUAACUUUACGGCUGCUACUGCUUUAGAAUAGUGCAAAACCUUACAAUCACUUCAAAUGAAAUUUCAUAUUGCUUCGCAGCCUCGUCGCUGUCAGGCUUUUAUGAAAAAGUUUUUUGAUAUAGCGGUUUCAUAAUUUGGCGAACUGUGAAUAAUACAGUUCAACAUGGUCGUCUCCUAGCUUGCAGCAUAUGACUGAACACAGUGAAUGGAAAAAAAAAGUAAUGAAAUGAGAAAUGCAGGCCUGACCGUUCUUUGUGUCAUCAAGCAACGCUCCUGGUUACGUGACGUCAAACAGGCGUCGAGAACCACACAGAGGAGGAGACAAGCGCAACGGGUAUUAGAAGCCUUAACUUUCCUUUGAAACACCUUUCUUUUAAUUCAGACCUGAUCUUCUCUUGGUAAAAGAAAAAAAAAAACUUUGUAUAAAAGGUUAUGCUAAGUGUUGGGUUUUGUUUUGCGUCAGUUCUGAUCACUUAUUUAUUACUUUAUUUUAGAUUCCAAAUCACAUUGAAAACGACUGUCCGUUGACUUUAGUCUCCUGCCCAUAUGCUCAAAUGGGGUGCAAUCAACAGGUUUGUUCUUCAUUCCAUGAGAUUGUAAAUUAAGCGGACUGAAAUCAUUACGCAUUGUACAUGAUCAACCGUCUGCCAAAAACUUUAAUUCCUUCAUCAUUUGUCUGUAUCAGACUCUAUUUGUCUCCCGACACUCAGACAAUUACUAUGCAAACAGACCUAUAUUUUGCAAAAUGUAUGAAUACAAAUAACAGUUUUGGUUUAUAAUACCAUUUUCUGAAAUUAUCUGACUUCUUUCUACAGUUCCAGCGCAGAAACGUGGAUUCGCAUCUUGAGUCAGCCACGCGAAAGCAUCUUGACUUGGCUUGUGUUAAACUUAACAGCUCACAGGCUCAGCUGGUUGAACAACGGUUUGAGUUAAAUGAGACACAAGCUCAAUUAAGUUCAACCCAGGCUCAGUUAAAACAUACCCAAGAAACAACAAGAAAACUUGAGGAGAAAUUAGAGUCUCUUCGGGUGCAACUAGAAACAAAGGUGAAUGCAGAUAGUAGUCUAUAGAGGGGCCGACAACAAACGGUUUAUUUGGAAGAUUGAAAAUUUCGGUGAGAUUUUGAGGCAAGCCAAGGCACGAUUUAUGAAAGCUGAGCAUAUCCCUUGCGAAACGAUAAAAAGUAAUCCAUUUUACACUGGAUGUUAUGGCUACAAAUUACGAGUGAUAGUCCGUCCUUACCUUAAAACGUGGACAGAAUUAGACGACGGGACACUUCUUCCUCAAGAAUCUCUCUACUUUGGCCUCGCUUCAGUGGAAGGUGAAUAUGAUGACAUAUUACCCUGGCCUUUUAGCAAGAAAAUAACGUUCACAGUGAUUGAUCAAAAUGUGGAUAUCAAUGAAAGGAAAAACAUCACAGCCGAUUUGAGGCCAAGUUCUAGAGCACAAAUAUUCUACGGCAGACCAAGAGGAAACAUUACAUUUGAAAGUGAUAUUAUGUGGUUCAUACCUCAUGAGAGGCUUCAAACAAGGCGCUACAUUUUGAAUGACAAUUUGUUUCUUCAGGUCGAUGUAGGACCUGAUGAUUAG